ACUAUAGUGAAAGACCAGUUACAGACCAGUUACAACAAUCUGAAUAGAGAGAGAGACCAGUUACAAACCAGUUACAAUAACCUGACUAAAGAGAGAGACCAGUUACAGACCAGUUACAACAGCCUAACUAUAGAGAGAGACCAGUUCCAGACAAGUUACAAUAACCUGACUAUGAAAAGAGACCAGUUACAGACCAGUUACAACAAUCUGACUAUAGAGAAAGACCAGUUACAGACCAGUUACAACAAUCUGACUAUAGAAAGAGACAGGUUACAGACCAGAUACAACAACCUGACGAUAGAGAGAGACCACUUACAGACCAGUUACAACAAUCUGACUAUAGAGAGAGACCAAUUACAGACCAGUUACAAUAACCUGACUGUAAAGACAGACCAGUUACAAACCAAUUACAAUAACCUGACUAAAGAGAGAGACCAGUUACAGACCAGUUACAACAACCUGACUAUAGAGAGAGACCAGUUACAGACCAGCUACAACAAUCUGACUAUAGAGAGAUACCAGUUACAGUCCAGAUACAACAAUCUGACUAUAGAGAUAGGAUGGUUACAAACAAAUUACAACAAACUGACUAUAGAGAGAGACCAGUUACAGACCAGUUACAAUAACCUGACUAUAGAGAGAGACCAGUUACAGACCAGUUACAAUAACCUGACUAUAGAGAGAGACCAGUUACAGACCAGUUACAACAACCUGGCUAUAGAGAGAAACCAGCUGCAAACCAACAACAGCAACCUGAUAACCCAAAAGAACCAGCUACAGAAUGAGAAAGACAGACUUCAGAGAAUGUUGACAGACACAUAUACCAGACUGGGAUGGAAAUAUUUUAACAGCAGUUUUUACUACAUCUUUACUGGGAUAAAAACCUGGACUGGGAGCAGACAGGACUGCAUCAACAGAGGAGCAGACCUGGUGAUCAUAAACAGCGCCGAGGAACAAAAGUUCAUCAUUAAUCAGCUCAACAACAAGGAGGCUUGGAUUGGUCUGAGUGACAUUGAGACAGUGCAGGUUUGGAAAUGGGUGGACGGUUCACCACUGACCACUGCGUUCUGGUAUGCAGGGCAACCAAAUAAUUAUAAUAAUAAUGAGCGCUGUGUUAAGAUCGAGACUAAUCAACGUGGUAAACAAUGGAAUAAUGUUCCGUGUUUUGUUACAUUAUCCUGGAUCUGUGAGAAAAAUGUGUUUCUGUAAAGUUAAUUCAGUAUGUCUAUAUAAUGUGCUAAAUUAGCAGUUGGAGCAUCCUGUAGCUCUUUCUAAAUAGACCUGCUUAUUGUACAUGCCUAUUAUAUAUUUCAUCCAAAUCAAACCAAAUCCUUGUCAUGUAACACUUUCCAUCCUGUCACGAAUGCAAGUCUACAUGGACAAUAUAUUUUCAGGUGACUGACAUUCUGAAGGGAGAAACUGGUUUCUACAAUAUAAUUACAUUAAACAAAUAUUACAUUGUUUUUUGUGAC